CAGUUGGCUAUAUAAAAAGAGAACCUGUAGCCUCGUGGUUCAGUAGAGGCCUUAUCCGUGUUGGAGACUUAACAUGAUAUACAGGUCGUUUGGUCUGUGGUAGAAAAGCUAAUUAUACAGAGAAUGAGGGCGUUUACAGAAGUCUUCUUUGCUGUUUUAUUGCUUGGACUGGUAACCGCUAAGGAAGGCAUUACCAGACAUCUCCGCAGUCGGCGAGCUGCUCAUGAUAUUUGUCGAAUGGCCAAAAUGGAGAUCGGUGGGGAGUUUCCUUGUAUGCAAAUGCUAUAUUACGGAAACAAUUGUGGCCCCUUUCGGGGAAAUAAGCCUCCCGUAGACCCCGUUGACCAGUGCUGCGACAAUCAUGAUCGAUGUUUGCACUUCUACCGGGGUAUGUGUAAUGUUGCCAGGUUUGACAUUUAUUUUAUGCAAUACCACUGGGAUAUUACACCUGCAGACGGACGACCUUACUGCCAUCAAGGUGGUCAUAUGUGUGAUAGCAUGUGUUGUCAAUGUGACUUGGAGUUCGUCCGAUGUUUGGGACAUUCGCUACAUACCAUGUCUAUGAUGUGAUACAGUGGGUGUAAUUUACACGGUUUUCACCUGCUUUACAACAGUUUCUGACCAGUUUCUGCUCCGGUAAACUACCACAUUUCUUCAUAAAGAAACAAAAAUACAAUCAUAAUUGCUAAUAAAAACACAUAUCGUAGAUAAUCAAUCAAAGUACCAUGCUAUGAAUAUAAUAUUAUAAUUUUUAUAAUUUUUUUAUAAUUUCAUUCACACCUGGAGGUAUAUGGAAGCUCGUGCCACGUCUAUCAUGUGUUUUCGAUCGUGUUUUACGGACGUGUAUUCCACAUUUGGUCGAAUAUCCGAUUGUUGUUUUUGUGCAUUUUAUGUGAUAUACCAGUAUCAGAGGAUUCGUCCAGCAUCAUCUUCUGUCUCUAUGACCUUGUGAUUCAAAUAAGAAAUCAAGAUGAAACUAUUAUUUAUUUAUCUAUUGAAGUUAGAUACAGUUUGGAUGUUAUGAUAAUUUAUUUUAUGCACAUAAAAUCAAGGUGUUUCUGGAUGUCUUUAUACUAUUCAGGACUACAAUAAUAUUCACUUAUUGGACGCUUGCCAUAGUUAUAUAUACUAAACUAUGUAUAUGUGAAAACAUAUUUGCUCAAAUGUCAAGUCUGCACCCUCUUUUGAGGAAAUAAUAAAUUGUUAAAAAGUA